GCAUGACGGCGGCGCGGCAGCGGGGCGGGCACUGGAUAUGUGGCUUGUAUGCGGGGUAGGCAGGCUCACGGAACACUCGUACCACAUCCAUCACGUUCAUUCUAUUCUGCAGAAUGUGCCUGAUGGGUGCUCUGUUUGAAAAUGCGAUCUUAUGUCUUUUUACGACGAAAUGCCUCGUCUCGUGCUGUCACAAUGUUUUAUUAUUCCCAGGAUUUCUCACGUCUUGUAGCCUCCGAUGUAUGCAAACCGUUGAAUGUCUUGUAUCCAAGUUUUAUACCUAUGCGUCGCCGCAAUGUUAUGUACCACUUCUUGCACACAUUGCCGGUCAUGACGGUCCACUUAUCAAGGUGAAUGAUUGCUCUACACCCUGUUCACGGUGUGCCUAGUACGCGGACAACUGCUACAAGGGGCACAGGCAAAGAAUAGGUGUGGUAGUAGGUUCAACAACGAAAGGAGGUUGAUUAGUAAGUCUGUCACGCAAAGCGGAAAAGCGCAUGCCGGGAGAGAAGACAGAAGGAGAACACAA